AUGCAUCUUUUCAGUACUUUCCUAUUGGUUAUUUGCGCUGUUACCGUAGUCGAAAGCUGCAUUCCAUUAAAUGCACAAUCAGGAUUGCGAGGACCGCCAGGUCCACCAGGUAGGGACGGACGGAAAGGACGUGAAGGCGAAUUAGGAGCUCGAGGUGGAGAAGGUCCACAAGGAGAGCCCGGAAUGCCGGGACCGCCUGGAAGGCAAGGUGAGCCGGGUGACAAAGGAAUUCCAGGACCACCAGGACUUCGAGGCAAUGAAGGUGAUCAAGGUCCAGAAGGAAUGAUGGGAAUGGGAAGAUAA